GGAAAUGACGUAACGGUUACGCUUACUCAAGGCGGAAGUUAGCUUCAUAUGCAAUGUUUGUUUAACUGCAAACUUUUGUUCGCUAGUUUACUACCGAAAUAUUUACGUUUUUGAAGCAAGAACGACAGUUUCCUGGAGAGCCGAACUUUUAGUAUAGAAGAAAUCUGCUCAGAGAUACGACACGAUCGUCCAGUACGAAGUCAAUAUGAGCUGUCAGCGCAGAUGGUGGAUAUCAGCUGGAAAGCUGAAAUAAAAUUACACACGACAGUCAAGAUUUCCUACAACAACAUGAAGUGUAAAGAAGAGGAGGGUUUGGAUGACCAGCAGGUCUAUAAGCAAGAGAGGAACUCCAGCGUGGACCAGGAGGAGCCGAAGAUUAAAGAGGAAGAGGAGGAACUCUGCAUCAAUCAGGGGGAAGAGCAUCUUGUACUGAAGGAGGACGCUGAAGGCAUUAUUGUCUGGACUGGGGAAGAGCGACGCAAACUACUGGAUACCAUCUGGAAACCUGAAAUUAAGUUACACAGAAUAGACCUCCAACAACAACAUGGCUGUAAGGAAGAGGAGGGUCUGGACGAUCAAGAAAGGAACCAGGAGGACCCAGCGCUUCCACAGAUUAAAGAGGAACCAGAGGAUCUUAGCAGCAGUCAGGAGGUAGAUCGGAUUGUACUAAAGCAGGAGGCUGAUCCCUUUAUAGUGACUGCUACUUAUGAGGAAGGUGAACCAGAACCAAAUGGUGACCAACUCCUUUCUCAUAACUCUCCUGAUUCACAGAGACGAGAUCAGGAAGAAGGCGAGGAUGUGGACUCAGGAUCAGCAAGAAAUGCUGAGCUGAAGAAAAGGAACCAUCACAGAAAUGGAAGUCACAGUACCAUAGUAGACAUCUGUUCAGUGUCAGAUAGUCACUGUAAAGCUAACACAAGUAAAAAGUCUGUAAAAUGUGGAACUUGUGGAAAAACCUUCCCGUUUAAAUCCAAACUCACUACACAUCUGAGAGCGCACACAGGGGAGAAGCCUUAUUUAUGUAGCACCUGUGGAAAAGGAUUCAGUUACAAAUCACAUUUGAAAUGUCACCAAAGAAUUCACACAGGCGAGAAGCCUUAUUCUUGUACAACCUGUGGAAAAAGCUUCAUUCAGAUGCCCCAACUGAAAAUUCACGAGGAUCCACACAGGUGAAAAGCCGUAUUCUUGUAGCACAUGUGGAAAAAACUUUAGUGUCUUGUCAGCCUUCAAAACCCACAUUAGAAUUCACACAGGUGAGAAGCCAUAUUGUUGUAAGACUUGUGGGAAACGAUUCACUCAGAAAUCUGGACUGGAACCUCAUAUGAAAAUUCACACCGGUGAGAAGCCACAUUCUUGCAUUACCUGUGGGAAAAGCUUCAGUCAUACGACGUCCUUGAAAACUCACAUGAGUAUUCAUACAGGUGAGAAGCCACAUUCUUGCAUUACCUGUGGAAAAAGUUUCAGUCAUAUGAUGAACUUGAAAACCCACA